AUGACCAUCAAGUUCAAACUUGAUAAUGAGUUUGAGCUAGUUUUCGUUGUAAGUUACAAUCAGCUGAGCAGCUUGUCGUACAACGGAUUAUUGUCGGAUGUCCGUCAAAAGUUUCGGGAUAUGUACAAAAAUGUUCUGUUGAAUAAACAGAUACUGUACCAGUACGGACAGGAGUCAUUUCGUCACUUCGAAUCAGAAUUUUUAUGUAUUCGAGAUGACCUCAUGAGAUCAAAUGUGCAAUCCACGGGUAUUCCCAAAAAGCCUAGAACAUUCCAGGAGAGUGUGAAAUCACAAAAGACCAUCGAUUCAAUGAUCAUCAGCCGUCCAGGUGAUGGCAAAAAAGCGAAGAAGGUGGAAGAAGCCCCGAAGAAAGUUAUCGCAGAGGAAGUAGUUGUUGCAUCGACAGAUUCUGGUAGUGAUGUGGGCUCCACGCCGGGUUCUCCAAGCGAUGAGAUUGCGAAGCGUAGAGAGGUGUUGCUGAGAAAGAUGAAUGCAAAGAAACCAGCGGCUGCCAAGUAUAACACCAGAGAUAGAGCCGAAGAAGAAAGGGAAAACAAGCACGUGUUUGGGAACUCUCCGGGUGACGUGAAGAACAACACAAAUCUCGAUUAUUCCGGAGAAAAAGACAAGGAGAACUCUAAUGCUCGUGGAGACGAAGAUCUUGCCUUUAUAAGUGAG